AUGGAUAUAACUAAGUUAAAUUUAACUUUCCUCUUACUAGUUAUAUAUUUAACGAAUUUCGGUAUACAGGGCACAUUAAUUGGUAUAGAUUAUGGAAAUGAUAAUACAAAGGUUGCUCUGAUUCGUCCAGGACGUGGAAUAGAAAUUAUACUUAACUCCCAAAGCCAGAGGAAAACCCCUACUGCAAUAUCUUUUUCAAGCUCAUCAUCUCAUACCCUAAGAAUAUUUGGUGAUGAUGCACUUAGUAAUAUGAUUAGAAAUCCUCUAAAUACAAUUCUUCAUUUACCUAGUUUUGUCGGAUUAUGCACAAUAAAAGAGGAGAGAGCUAAGAUGAAAUUUGGUUUGGAAAGUGAGGCAUUAUUACCAAAUGGUUUACCUAUUGACCUAUUUCCAUACAAAUUACAAGAUGAUAAUACACAUAAUAGCAUAAUGCUAAAUAUUGAUGGUCAUGGGAUGUCAAUAGAAGAGUUAAAUGCUCAUUUUUUAGACUAUAUACGCCGUAUGAGUGAGAAUGCAGCACAAAAUAUAAAUUCUAAGAAAAGUAACCUGAAUCCAGGUCCUAUAUAUGGAAGUGACUCAGUAGGUGCUGUAAUAGCUAUACCUCCAACUUAUACUCAGCGACAGAGACAAAGUUUAGUAGAUUCUUGUGAGAUAUCUGGAAUGAAUUUAUUUGGACUAGUUAAUUCACUUGGAGCAGCAGCUAUACAACAGUCUAUAGAUCUGAAAUAUGACGAUCCAGUUACAUUUUUAUAUUAUGAUAUGGGUGCAAAUGAUAUUUCAGCUUGUGUAGUUGAAUUUAAACCAGCAAAUGUUACUUAUAUAGGCCGUAAUUUGCAAUCUCAUUACAUAAGUGUACUAGGAUGUCAUAUGGAGUCAAAUGUAGGAAGCUAUUUAGCUGAUAUUGCUAUUGUAAGGAUUAUGAUGAAGAGAAUAAAAGAAGGGUCAACUAAGAAUAUUUCAGGAAUACCACUAGAUAAUAAUAGAGUACUACAGAAGUUAGCUAAACAAAGUACUAGAACGAAGUUGUUACUUUCUACUUUAAAACAAACAGAGUUCUUUGUAGAAUCUCUCUACAAUGACUUGGACUUUACUCAGACAAUCACUAGAGAAGAAUUUAAUAAAGAAAUUCAAGAGCCAAUUCUAAGUAAGAUUUUAACUCCUAUAUAUAAGGCUUUAAAUGUUGCAAAUAAAACAAUGAAUGAUAUAAAUGAUAUUGAAGUUGUGGGAGGUGGGAUUCGUAUACCAAAAGUUAGACAUUUAUUAGAGUCACACUUUGAGGAGUAUGGAAAGACCUUGAAUCAGAGGCUUAAUGGAGAUGAAGCUAUGGCAAUGGGGGCAGCAUUUGUGGCUGCUAAUUACUCUGCAACAUUUAGGACAAAAACAAUAUACUACACUGAAUAUUCUUUCAAUAAUUAUACACUUUGUAUUGGAUCUAAUGUGAUCCCAUUCUUAAAUAGUUCAACACCACUACAUGGAAUGCACAAUAUAGAUAUACUUCUAGAUAGAGACAUCUCAAUUAGUCUAAAGGAAAAUUCCCAAGAUAUUAUUUCUUACAAUAUAACAGGUAUUGAAGAACUAGUUCGUAGUGGAAUGGUUAAUACUCCAAAUGUCAACAUCACACUGUCUUUCAAAGUUAAUACCUUUGGUAUUAUAUCUCUUGAAAAUGUUUUUGCAUGGUAUAUGGUUAAUAAAACAAUGAGUAAUUCAUAUGCAGCUAUGAAUCAAAAUCAAGAUGUCAUUCUGAACAACACAAAUAAUGAAGGUAAUCAGAAUAGUACUAAGAAUGAAGUAAAUCAUGUCAAUAAUAGUGAUACUACUAAUGAUGCACAAAGUGAGGUUUCUUCACCAGUUAUAAAUGUACUGGUACCUAAAUCUAUCUCAUUAAAUUUUACAGAGAAGGUACUUUCAUGUCCAAUCCCUAUUUCUUUACCUACUAAACAAAGUAUAAGUCAUCAUAUUAAUGAAUUGAAUAAACAUGAUGCAAAACAUCAAUUAUUAAUGGAUUCUAAAAAUAAUCUUGAGGGCUUAAUAUAUGACAUUAGAAAUAGAUUAUAUGAAGAUAUCUACAUUACUGUAACUACAGAGGCAGAAAGAGAAUAUAUUCAAACUGAUCUAUCAAGUAUUGAGGAUUGGCUUUAUGAAAUUGGUGAUGCAAUCUCUUUAUCCAGCAUAGAUGAUCACAUAGAAGCAAUCAAAAAUAAAACUAAAGAUAUUAUUUUGAGAGCUGAAGAAUAUAAAUAUCGUCCUGAACUUUUAAAUAUUGUAAAUAUGCAAUUUAAUUCUUCUUUGCAAACUCUAAGUGCUAUUCAGAUUACCCAUACGUGGAUACAAAAUACAACUAUUCAUGAGGUUAGAGAAUCUAUUUAUGAAUUCAAGAAGUGGUUUGAUGAAUUGGUUAUGGAACAAGAAAAAUUAAAAUCUACUGAUAUGCCUGUACUACUUAGAAGUAUUGUAUUAAGUAAACUUGAUAAUAUUGUUAAAGAUGUUUUACAAUUAAAAAGUACUCCAAAACCCAAACCUAAAUCCAAGCCUAAGCUUAAAUAUAAAGAUGAAAAUAAGAAUUCAGAUACAUCACAAGCUACAUUUAAUGAAACUAAUUCAAACAGGACCAUAUUAACUAAUGAAACUUACAAUGUUGAAGAUAUAGCUAAAGACCAACAUAUUUUUAAUGCUACUAGUAAAUCUGAAGAGACACUUGAACAAAACAAUACUAGAGAUAAAUCAGAGCUAUAA